AUGAUAACAGGUCUAUCCAAAAGACUUGUAUCGUCUUCAGCGCCAUUCAUAAAAGUAAUCGGAAAUCAACUUGAAUCCCAAUUGGGAUCGUACAGGAAUAUGUCACGAACAACCAUUUCGAAAGAUUAUCCAACUUCGACAGCUGAACCAUCCAAAUUGUUUCCUUUUCCUGGUAUAUCAUGGGAUUCAACUAAAGCGGUCAGACAAGUACUAGAGGAGAAUGACAGAGGUUAUGAUAUAUACGAAUCUGCAAGAUAUGCACAUAAUCAUUUCCCUCAUUCGGUCCUCACUCGAUAUGCCUUGGGUGGUUCCUCUCGAUUGUUGAAAGAUACAUGGGAUCAUGAUAGACCGCAUCUUGUAUCGCUUGAUCCAUACGAUAAAAGUCGUGAAAAGGAAAACCUGAAAGAGGCUGAUGUUCCUGAUCAGAUUGAUCAAAGUAAUUGGGGUGAUAGGAAAUAUGUAGGAAUGAAAGGGGCAUACUCUCGCUAUUUGACUUUCUUCCAUGGCGAAAUAGCUCGUCUUGGUCCUACCGAAACUUUGAAUCAAUACAUUUUCACUCCUGAAGCUAAUUGGGAAUCAUUCAACACAUCGUCAUCUUCUGAUGGAGAGACAAAAGAGAAAGAUGGUCCGAUGAUGAUUGAUCGUCUUGUGGGAGGCGUUUUUCAUCCUUUUAUUCAUGUAGGAUUCGGAUUGGAAUUCAAUGAUCGUAUCGUUUUAGCUGAAGGUCUCGCAGAAGCUGCUAUCCAUUCAGAUGAAUUGAAUGCACCGCUUUUAACUUCAGAAUGUAUACGUGAAAUAAUCAAUCCUUCCAAUCCGACCCCUGAACAUCUUCAAAUACCAGCUCGAUCAAUUCCCACCAAUGAAGAUACUUUAGAACCUACUGAUGCACGUGAACCAAGACUUGGAAGAUCACUCUUAGAGAUUUAUUCGAUCCUCUUAUCUUCAGAUACGUUGAUUCCUGAACCGUAUAAUCCUGAUUCAAGCAUAAAUGAAAGGAUCAAAUUCGCUUCUGAAGGAGGAAGAGCAGAAGGUCUAAGGAAAUUGAUCGAAGAUUGGAGUUUGUCAAAUGAGGAAUUAUCGGAUAAUGACCAAAUGGGUUGGAAAAGAAAAUUCGAAGAAUUGGCUAUUUUCACUACUUUAUUAGCUUGUGCUACUGGUAAAAAAGGUAAACCGUCAAAAGUCGAUUUCUUCUUGGUCCAUACUUUGACAUCAUCUAUAUUCAUUCCGACUUAUAUGCCUGUCUUGUCAAUCCCUAAUAGACGAUUACUCUUCAAAGCGUAUUUACUGGUUAUUCUGAAUACUGCAUUAGCCAGAGGACGACCUCGUAUCGACCCAGAGUUGAUAAUGUCAUAUGACCCUUACCCUGUCGCUCCUGGAACGGAUGGAUCAGUCAAGGCUAAACAAGGGGAUGUAUUGGGUCAACCUGACAAGAAAGAAAGUAGAAAUCCAUGGUUAAGCAUGAUAGAAAGUUGUUUAGCUCAUCCAGAUUCACAUGUACCCAAAGCCAUUCGAUCAUUAUUGUAUUUCACAGAACUGUACGGAUCGACUAAAGAAGGUUGUUUCAUAGGAACAUACCUUUCAGGAGGUCAAACCCACGAAACCAUAAAUGGAUUAAGUAAAGUUGACGGAACGGUUUUCGUAAGAGCCGCAGGUAUCAUAAUGGAUCAAUUGGGUUGGACGAGAGAAGGUAAAGAUCAUGGUGAUUGGGAAUUCAGUCCUGUGGGCUAUGAUGAAGUUUGGAAAUAA